AUGGGUAUAUUGUUCGGCUAUUGUGUUCAGUACUAUCCGGAAGAGACGUGUGCGUCCGUCGAGGGUACAGAGUUUGCCCAAUGGCCACCAUGUCCCGAGAUUAAGAAUGGUGAAGAAAAUAGGGCAAAUGAGUCACCUAGUUCUAGCUCGAAAGAUUCUACUACUGAGGCUCCAACCCCCGAGACCACCGGGAAUCUGGCCCCUGAUGCUACCGAGACCACUGGCUAUGACUACUCCGACGUCACCUACUCCGCUCCGAGCUCCGACAGCACCGGCGCUGGCCCUCAUCCUACCAGCUCACAAGACUCUGGCUCAUCAGGUUCCGGCUCCCGAGGUUCUGGCAGCUCACACACUUCGGCCGGAGGUAUGCCAGCUGCCAUGGGUGCUCUUACUUCCUGGGAGAUGUUAACCGGGCUGGUUAUGUUGGCUGUAAACAUCUGGCUUUGA